GUGCCCGUGACGGCCGACCCCAACUUCUGGGACUGGGCCAGCAGCUGGCCCCGCCCGCGCUCCUCCCAGGACCAGGCCCAGCCUCCCGGCGGAGGGCCUCCCGACCCGCCGGGCCUGUCCCUGCGCGACGCCGCCCGCCUGCUGGCAUCAUCUCCCGAUCAGUCGUUCCCGUUGCCGCCCCCGCCGCCGGCCCCGCGCCCGGCCUCGCUGGCCGCCUCGGCGGCCCAACCCAACAGCCUGGCGCCCAUGCCCCCGCUGCCCUCCGUCCCGCCCGCAACGUCGCCGCGGAGCCCCUCGGCGGCGCCCGCGGCGGUGUCGGCUCGCGGAGGCAGCAGCGCCAGCGACAGCGGGAACGAGACUCCCAGAGAGGCCCUGGACGGCUGA